GCUGCCGCCGCCGCGGACGCCGGACCCGCUGGGUCCCCAGCCGGGUGAAGAGGCGGGAGCCGAGCCGGGGGCCCCUCCCGGCCCUGGCGGCUGGAAGCACGCUGCCAGGGGGCACGAUGGACGCCCCGCGCGCCCAGGCCGUCCCCAAGCUGCCCCCCAGCACCUGAGCGCCCGGCCCGGCCCCGCGCCCUGAGCGCGCCGCCGCACAGGCUUCUGCACCAGGAGAGGUCAAAUAGGUUGCCGGGUCUACCAUCGAGGAGCGUGCGAAGGUGUUGCUGAGUUUCCAGACCUUUCCCAAGAUGGAACCAAUCACAUUCACGGCGAGGAAGCAUCCGUUCCCUAACGAGGCCUGGGUGGCCUUCGGCCUGCAGCUGGUGGGCUCCUUGCCUGUGCAUUCCCUGACCACCAUGCCCAUGCUGCCCUGGGUCGUGGCAGAGGUGCGCCGGCUCAGCGGGCAGUCCUCCAAAAAGGAACCCGGUACCAAGCAAGUCCGGCUUUGCGUCUCGCCCUCUGGACUGCGAUGUGAACCGGAGCCAGAGAAGACUCAGCAGUGGGAUCCGCUGAUCUGUUCCAGCAUCUUCGAGUGCAAGCCUCAGCACGCUCACAAACUGAUCCACAACAGUCACGACCCGAGCUACUUCGCCUGUCUGAUUAAGGACGAUGCGGCCAGUAGGCGGAGUAUCUGCUACGUGUUCAAAGCUGAUGACCAAACAAAAGUGCCCGAGAUCAUCAGCUCCAUCCGCCACGCCGGGAGGAUCGCCCGCCAGGAGGAGCUGCAUUGCCCCUCGGAGUUCGACGACACAUUCUCCAAGAAGUUCGAGGUGCUCUUCUGCGGCCGGGUGACCGUGGCGCACAAGAAGGCGCCGCCGGCCCUGAUCGACGAGUGCAUUGAGAAGUUCAACCACAUCAGCUGCAGCAGGAAAGCCGAACUUGACCUGGUCUCCCAGAACUCCGAGGCCAGCAGCCCUGCUGCGGCGCUUUCCUUCACGGAUAAGUUCCGAUCGGUGCUGCAGCCCACGGGGCCCACGGAGCAGGGCCGCUGGCCCAUGCGCAAGUCCUACUCGCAGCCCGGCCUGCGCUCCCUGGCCUACAGGAAGGAGUUUCAGGAUGGGAGCCUGCAGAGUCACAGUUUCUUCACCUCUUUUGAUGAAAACGACAUUGAGAACCACCUCAUCAGUGGACACAAUAUUGUGCAGCCAACGGAUAUUGAGGAAAAUCGAACUAUGCUUUUUACGAUUGGUCAAUCUGAAGUUUACCUCAUCAGUCCUGACACCAAAAAAAUAGCAUUGGAGAAAAAUUUUAAGGAGAUAUCCUUCUGCUCUCAGGGUAUUAGGCACGUGGACCACUUCGGGUUCAUCUGCCGGGAGUCGUCGGGAGGCGGCGGCUUCCAUUUCGUCUGUUACGUGUUUCAGUGUACAAACGAGGCUCUGGUGGAUGAGAUCAUGAUGACGCUGAAACAGGCCUUCACGGUGGCUGCUGUGCAGCAGACGAGAGCGCCCGCCCAGCUGUGCGAGGGCUGCCCCCUGCAGGGCCUGCACAAGCUCUGCGAGCGCAUCGAGGGAAUGAAUUCUUCUAAAACCAAACUAGAACUCCAGAAGCACCUGACAACGUUAACCAAUCAGGAGCAAGCAAUGGUUUUUGAGGAGGUGCAGAAAUUAAGACCAAGAAAUGAGCAGCGAGAGAAUGAAUUGGUUAUUUCUUUCCUGAGAUGUUUAUAUGAAGAGAAGCAAAAAGUGCACAUCCAUAUUGGGGAGGUAAAGCAGACAACACAGAUUGCAGCAGAGAAUAUUGGAAGCGAAUUACCAUCCAGUGCCACUCGAUUUAAGCUCGACAUGCUGAAAAACAAAGCGAAGAGAUCUUUAGCGGAGUCUUUGGAAAGUAUUUUGUCCCGGGGCAAUAAAGCCAGAGGCCUUCCGGAACAUUCUGCCAGCCUGGAUCUGGACGGCUCCGUGUCUAGCACGUCAAAUAACACCAACAAAGUUUCCUGGGAUCCGUCUGAUCUGCUGUCUGUCUGCCUCCAGGAGCCCUCUGUGUGUGACAAGGAGGCCUCGCCCGCGUCUGAGAGCAGGACCAGGCUCCUGGGCUCCUCAGACGACCUGCUGUCCGGUGACACGGAGAGCCCUCCCGCGGAAGAGCCUGCCCUGCCCUCCCCCCAGCAGGGCUACCGAAGGCGGGCGAACACCCUGAGUCACUUCCCCGUGGAGUGCCAGGAGCCUCCGGAACCCGCCCCGGGCUCCCCGGGGGGCUCGCAGAGGAAACUUAUGAGGUACCACUCAGUGAGCACAGAGACGCCUCAUGAACGAAAUGGGAAUCAUCCACCUGUUGGCGAGUCUAAAAGUUGCUCAGGCCCUUCAGUUCCUGCUCCUCCACCUCAUCUUAACCCCUCCGACUCCUCACCACAUUUUUUUAAGUCCUUAAAACAUAACCCGAGUGGAGAACAAAGUGGGAAUGCCGUGCCUAAGAGCAUCUCCUACCGCAAUGCCCUGCGGAGAAAACUCCACUCUUCCUCCUCUGUGCCAAAUUUCCUAAAAUUUCUGGCUCCUGUAGAUGAAAAUAACACCUCUGACUUUAUGAGCACAAAAAGGGACUUGGACGCCAAAGCCCACCAUCUCGACGACCCCAGCGGGACGCCUGUGAAGACGCGGAGACACUCGUGGAGGCAGCAGAUAUUCCUCCGCGUGGCGACCCCGCAGAAAGCCAGCGACUCGCCCAGCAGAUACGAAGAUUAUUCUGAGCUGGGAGAGCUUCCGCCGCGGUCUCCGUUAGAGCCCGUUUGUGAGGAUGGGCCCUUCGGCCCUGUCCCGGAGGAGAAGAGAAGGACAUCGCGCGAGCUUCGCGAACUGUGGCGCAAGGCGAUUCUACAGCAGAUCCUCCUCCUCAGGAUGGAGAAGGAAAACCAGAAGCUCCAAGCUUCCAAAAACGACCUGCUGAACAAGCGCCUGAAGCUUGAUUAUGAAGAGAUCACGCCCUGCCUUAAAGAAGUGACGACAGUGUGGGAAAAGAUGCUUAGCACGCCGGGAAGAUCCAAAAUUAAGUUUGACAUGGAAAAAAUGCACUCGGCUGUUGGGCAAGGUGUGCCACGCCAUCACCGGGGUGAGAUCUGGAAGUUCCUCGCCGAGCAGUACCACCUGAAACACCAGCUUCCCCGGAAACAGCAGCCCAAGGACACGCCGUACAAAGAGCUCUUAAAGCAGCUCACCUCGCAGCAGCACGCCAUUCUCAUCGACCUUGGUCGAACCUUCCCAACACACCCGUACUUCUCGGCCCAGCUGGGCGCGGGGCAGCUGUCCCUUUACAACAUCCUGAAGGCCUACUCGCUCCUGGACCAGGAAGUGGGAUACUGCCAGGGCCUCAGCUUCGUGGCCGGCAUCCUGCUGCUGCACAUGGGCGAGGAAGAGGCGUUUCACAUGCUCAAGUUUCUGAUGUUUGACCGGGGGCUGCGGAAACAGUACCGGCCGGACAUGAUCAUUUUACAGAUCCAGAUGUACCAGCUCUCGCGGCUCCUCCACGACUACCACAGAGACCUCUACAACCACCUGGAGGAGCACGAGAUCGGCCCCAGCCUCUACGCCGCGCCCUGGUUUCUCACCGUGUUCGCCUCCCAGUUCCCCCUGGGAUUUGUGGCCAGAGUCUUCGAUAUGAUCUUUCUUCAGGGAUCAGAGGUCAUAUUUAAAGUGGCUUUAAGUCUGUUGGGGAGCCAUAAGCCCUUGAUUCUGCAGCAUGAAAACCUAGAGACCAUAGUCGACUUUAUAAAAAACACACUACCCAACCUGGGCUUGGUGCAAAUGGAAAAGACCAUCAGUCAGGUGUUUGAGAUGGACAUUUCUAAGCAGUUACAAGCGUAUGAAGUGGAGUACCAUGUGCUUCAAGAAGAACUUAUCGAUUCCUCUCCUCUCAGCGACAACCAAAGAAUGGACAAAUUGGAGAAAGCCAACAGCAGCUUACGCAAACAGAACCUCGACCUCCUGGAACAGCUGCAGGUGGCAAAUGGUAGGAUCCAGAGCCUGGAAGCCACCGUGGAGAAGCUCCUGACCAAUGAAAGCAAGCUGAAGCAGGCUGCCCUGGCCUUGGAGCUGGAGAGGUCAGCGCUGCUGCGGACGGUGGAGGAGCUCCAGCAGCGGACCGCAGAGCUGAGGGCACCCCAGCCUGACCUCGUGCAGCCCUAGCCCACGGGCGACUGACAGCAUCUCGCCAGGGCACGGCCCGAGGAGACAUGGGACACCAUCCGACGCUGUCUAGGCCUUAACCGAGAGAGACAGAAGAUGCUGGAGGGAGAGAGCGAGGCGCGGAGCAUGCUUCUCAGGGAGGAAACUGGCUCGCCAGCACGCGGAGUCUUCUGAACGGAAACUAGCGGAUCAGGGGGAUGCGUGUCCCCGUGUUUUUAUUGUUGUUUAGGUUCCAGUGGGUCCUGAUGACUGUAAUCAGUAGAUUUAGACGGCAUGGACAUGAAUAAAUGCACUUUUAUGUUCUUUUUUCAGUAUUACUGUGUUUGUAAAGAGCAUUCUUCAUGCUGUGGAAUCGCAAAAGCCCGAGGGCUCGAGAUGAUUCCUCUGGCAAGGAUGGGGGUCCAUGGCUCUCCCACGGAGGGUCAGCAGGUGGCCCUGGUCCAUGCUCGCAUGGAAGGCCAAGAUGACAUUAGGAAAGAUCAGAAGCAAUUCAUUUAAAUGUGACAUCUUGAAUUUGAUCACUAUUCUUGGUAUUUAAUGAAGUUUUUUUUUUAAAAAAAAAAUCAUAUUUUCAUACAUUUUUGCUUAGUCCUUACAUAUUGAUCAAAGUUAUUGUAGAUGAAUGUUUUAUGGGAAAAUCACCAUUUUGAAGACUCUACGAGGGAUUGCUUGAAUGCGACCUGUAGUUGUAGAGUCUGAGAUAUUUAUUUCCUUGUGGUGUUUCAUAUUCAUUAAAAGUUGAGUUGCGUAUUUAUUUUUGCAGCUGUGUGUCCCUUUGAGCCUCCACUCCUUGGGAAUCUGAUUCUUUGCAGAGGUAGCGGGGCACAGCAGCAUUUUUUAGGGAUGCCAGAGACUUGGGGACUUUCAAAAGGAGAUCAAAAUUGCAAACAAAUGUAUGGCAGCUGAGAGCAGUUUCCUGGAGGUAGGAUGUGUGUUUUGAAUAUAAUUCCCAACACGGUGACCCUCCCCCUACCUCAGGACGAUGAGGUCCUUGUGCCUUCAACACGCAGAAAGAUGCCCACGGCUGCCCUGGCUUCACCUCGUCGCUGUGCGGGGCCUGCUGUGCGCGCUCUCAGAAUCCACGUGUCCUUUUACAAGGGGUGGUCAGAGAGGAACUGGGUAGGCACAUGACACUUCCUUGACAGCAGAAUCAGUGCUGGUCUUUUUUCUUCUUUUUUUAAAAAUAUAUUUUAUUGAUUUUUUACAGAGAGGAAGGGAGAGGGAUAGAGAGUUAGAAACAUCGAUGAGAGAAACAUCGAUCAGCUGCCUCCUGCACACCUCCUACUGGGGAUGUGCCCACAACCAAGGUACAUGCCCUUGACCGGAAUCGAACCUGGGACCUUUCAGUCCGCAGGCUGACGCUCUAUCCACUGAGCCAAACCAGUUACGGCAGAAUCAGUGCUGGUCUUGAUCAUCCUAGCCCAGAGAUUGUCAGCUCUUGUCAUCUCAUGACACACACAAGCUACUUACUAAAGUUCUGCAGCACACCAAAAGACGUAUUUUUUGCUGAUCUGACAAAAAAUAUAUAUAAUUUUUAUUCAUUCACACCAGAUGGCUAUUGUUGUGUUGGCUGUUGUCAUUUUUCUAUUUGACAAUCUAAGGCAAAAGAGGUCAGUGCCCCUGACUAAAUAGUCAGGUAUUGCAUGUUUUAGAAAUGCCUGCGGUACACCGGGUGAAAACCGCUUUCCUAACCACUUCUUCUGUUCCACAGGAAUUUCUUCUCACUCUUUUAAUUAAGCCUGAGGUGAAAGGAAGGAUUCUCAUAUUUGGAGUCAUUGUCAGUCUCCCCAGACGUUUCAGAGGAAGACAAGCGUGCUGCCUAAACACAUAGCGUGCUGCCUAAACACGUGGGUGAUAUCUGAGACCUUUCCUAUUUCCCGUGUCAGGAUAGCAGUUCUCUGCAUAAACCAAGAUGACAAGCCCAGUGGCCUUUAUCCCAGGUUGUUCCACCAGAUAUACUGGGAGUUAACAUUGGAGGGCUUCUUUCCACAUAUUUUACUGUUUGAUGUUUAAUAAUGUUGAAAUCUGGACAUCUUCUGACCAUUACUCAAAAGCAUUGACUCCACAUUAAAUAAGAAACAAGAAAGCAAUAAAGUAAUUUAUGUGCACACUUUUA